AUGGCUGCCGCCACCCCUGCUGUCAGCCCUGGGGCGCCGCUGUCCUCGGACGGAUUUCUCCCGAAGGGCGACGCCAAGAAGACUGAAGAGGAGCUGGAAGAGGACGACGACGAGGAGCUAGAUGAGACCCUGGCGGAGAGACUGUGGGGUCUGACAGAGAUGUUCCCCGAGAAGGUCCAGUCUGUGGCUGGAGCCACUUUUGAUCUCUCUUUCUUUGUGGCUCAAAAAAUGUACAGGUUUUCCAGGGCAGCCUUGUGGAUUGGGACCACUUCCUUUAUGAUCCUGGUUCUUCCUGUAGUUUUUGAGACUGAGAAGUUGCAAAUGGAGCAACAGCAGCAACUGCAGCAGCAGCAGAUACCUCUAGGGCCCAACACAGGGCUUUCAGGAGGAAUGCCAGGCGGUCUACCUUCACUCCCUGGAAAGAUCUAGAUUGUUACUGCUAUGUCUGAGCUGCCUUGGUGGGAGAAAUUUGAAACUCAAUAGUGUUUGAA